CCAGGUCAAACAUUCAAAGUAGUCGUCAAAUCUCUUUCGCCUAAAGAGUUAGUCCGGAUUCAUGUUUCUAAGCCUUUGGAUAGGAACGAUGGGACGUUUCUGAUAAGAUACAGGAUGUAUGAGACUGCCCACGAGGGGCUGAGGAUAGAGAUUCUCUAUGGAGAGGAACACGUGGCUCAGUCCCCCUAUAUUUUGCAGGGACCAGUGUUCCAUGAGUACUGUGACUGUCCCGAGGAGGACCCUCAGGCCUGGCAGAGAACCCUUGCUUGUCCAUCCAAGGAACCACAGAUUGCCAGAGAUUUCGCUCCUUUCCCCAGCAUCAAUCUCCAGCAGCUGCUCAGUGAAGUUCCAGGAAGGUUCGGCGAUGAAAUGGGGGCUGUUGUUCAUUACACGAUUCUCAAUAACCACAUCUACCGGAGGCCACUGGGGAAAUACACAGACUUCAAAAUGUUCUCCGAUGAGAUUUUGCUGUCACUGGCAAGAAAGGUUCUUCUCCCAGAUUUAGAAUUUUAUAUUAAUCUUGGCGAUUGGCCGUUGGAGCACAGAAAAGUCAACGACACCCCCAGCCCUUUACCUAUCAUCUCAUGGUGUGGCUCUUUGGACUCCCGAGACAUCAUCCUUCCAACCUAUGACAUCACACACUCCACGCUUGAGGCAAUGAGGGGUGUUGCCAACGAUCUCCUUUCUAUUCAAGGAAAUACAGGACCUUCCUGGAUCAAUAAAACAGAGAAAGCUUUCUUCAGAGGCCGAGACAGCCGAGAGGAGAGGCUGCAGUUGGUGCAGAUGGCCAAGGAAAAUCCAGAGCUACUGGAUGCAGGAAUUACAGGGUAUUUUUUUUUCCAAGAGAAAGAAAAGGAACUUGGAAAAGCUAAAUUGAUAGGCUUCUUUGAUUUUUUUAAGUACAAGUACCAAGUGAACGUGGAUGGGACCGUGGCUGCGUAUCGGUACCCGUAUCUCAUGCUGGGCGACAGUCUGGUUCUGAAGCAGGACUCGCCUUACUACGAACACUUCUAUUUGGAACUAAAACCUUGGAAACAUUAUGUGCCAGUUAGAAGAAAUCUUAGCGAUCUGCUAGAAAAAGUUAAAUGGGCCAAGGAAAACGAUGAAGAGGCCAAGAAGAUUGCAAAAGCAGGGCAGUUGACGGCCAGGGACCUGCUGCAGCCUCACCGGCUCUACUGCUACUAUUACCGGGUCCUGCAGACCUAUGCGGAGCGCCAGUCCAGCAAACCUGAAAUUCGUGAUGGGAUGGAACACGUUCCUCAGCCAGAUGACAGCUCGGUCAGCUGCCAGUGCCCUCGGGAAAGGCCUUUGAGAGAAGAGCUUUAAGUAGGCCCAGUGCAAGUGUUCACAGCAUCUUUUCUCAGAUUGUAUCUUUUUUUCAGUUGAGGUCAUGUUGGUUCACAGCACUGUGUAUGUUUAGGGGAAUAGGUUCAUACCUUUUCAGGGGUACGCAUAUCACACCAUGCCUACCCCCAAAUGAGGGACCUCUGAAAUGGAGGUGGCCAGCUAGAAUCCCACCUGAACUCAGCUCAGAAGACUUCGCCCCAAGGGCCAGCACUCCUGAUGGCUUUCUCGAAUGUGGAUGGACAGAGCAUUAUUAGAGCAGGAGUCCCAGGAAGCUACAGCUGUUUGUUUAGUGUCACAAUUUCUCUGCAGAGAAAACUGGGAGAUCAUAAUUGACAGAGACUUGUCAAAAUAGAAAUCACUCCCUAUGAAAUGGUUUACAUCUUAUUUAUUGGUUUGUUUCUAUCCUGGGCUUAUUCUCCCUCUUGCCCUGCCCAGUGUGAAGAGAAAAAUAUUGCUGCAAUGUCGCUGCCAUUGCUCACUGCAUUCUUCUCCUCCUCCAAGUUGCUUCCUGCGCCCAGUCUGCAUGGAAAUCUGUAAGGAUAAGUAAGGAAAAGGGUGAGUGUUACCAGAGGUAGCUUGGCGAAGAUGGAGGGAUUUUCUUAAAAUAUUUUGCAUCGAGUUAAUAGGAAUUGACAUUGUUUCUGUAAAAACAGGAGUGUAUGAUCUUCCCGUAGGGCAUUUUGUAUUACUGGAUGCGCCACAGAGACUCCAUAGUCUUUUAAACUAAGUCCUACAGGGCAACCCAAUGUAAACUGGGUUGCCUGUCUGUGGGUUCUCACCAUGCUUAAGAUUCAG